AUGGAGCCUGCCGAGGGGCAGAGCAGCGGCCAGGUGCGCAUGUGCCAGACCAUCUUCCCCGCGCACGCCACGCACCGCGGGGAGCUCAGCGCCGGCCAGCUCCUCAAGUGGAUCGACACCACCGCCUGCCUGGCAGCUGAAAAACAUGCUGGUGUAUCCUGUGUGACAGCGUCAGUGGAUGACAUACAAUUUGAAGAGACUGCCAGAGUUGGACAAAUUAUCAUCAUCAAAGCAAAGGUAAACCGAGCAUUCACUACUAGCAUGGAAGUUGGUGUCAAGGUUACAGUACAGGAUAUCUUGACUAGUGUUCAGAAACUUAUUAGUGUGGCUUUCUCUACAUAUGUAAUAAGACCAGUUGGUGAUGAAAAGGUUAACUUAAAACCAGUCAAGCUUCAGUCUCCACAAGAUCAUCUGGAACAUAGUCUGGCUAUUGAGAGAAGAAGAAUACGACUGGACCAUGAACAUGUCUUUGAGACCCUAAUGCAAGAGAGUAAUAUGGAAGAUGGUCACUGUGAUAAUGUAAGUGACACAGAGGAAGAUACUAUUUCAACUGAUCUAACCCAUGUGCAGAGCAUUGAACUUGUCCUGCCUCCUCAUGCAAACCAUCAUGGAAAUACAUUUGGUGGCCAGAUUAUGGCGUGGAUGGAGACAGUAGCUACUAUUUCAGCAAGCCGUCUCUGUCAUUCAUAUCCCACCUUGAAAUCAGUUGAUAUGUUUAAAUUCCGGGGACCCUCCACUGUUGGUGAUCGUCUUGUCUUCAAAGCAAUAGUUAACAACACAUUUCAGAAAAGUGUUGAGGUUGGCGUUCGUGUUGAGGCCUACAACUGUGAGGAGUGGACCAUAGGCCAUGCGCGGCAUAUUAACAGCGCUUUUCUGAUUUUUAAUGCUGUAAAUGACAAAGGAGAGCUCCUCACCUUUCCCAGAAUCAAACCCACUACAAAGGAUGGUUUGAGAAGAUAUCAUGGAGCUAUUGCACGCAGAAGAAUUAGACUAACCAGAAAAUACAUCCUUUCCAAUAAGGAAGACACUCCCUCCUCUGAUCUCUGGGAUACAAGCAACCAGGCAUGCUUGAGUUACAGCAGUGUAGCCACCCUGACAGUCCUGGCAACAAAAUGUGGAUGGGAAAUAACCAGCACUCUGGAUAAUAUAAAAAUAUUCACACAUGAGGAGAGUGAUACCUUGUCUGUCAAGGUAGAAAUGCAAGUGAGGAUACCAUCAAAUCUAGCUUUCUUCCUUUUGUCUGACUUCAGACUCCGCAGGCAAUGGGACAAACAUUACUUAACUUGUGAGGUCAUAGAGAAUGUGAAUGAAGAUGAGAAGAUAUAUCACAUUACAUCGCCAUCAGUGAAUGGAGAUAAAUCCAAAGAUUUUGUAGUUCUUGUGUCUCGAAGACAGCCCUGUAAGACUGGUGACCCUUACAUAAUAGCUGUGAGGUCAGUUACCCUGACAUCUGUGCCACCUUCUCCAACCUAUUGCAGAAGUGAAAUCCUAUGUGCAGGAUUCCUGAUCCAUAGUGAUGGCAACAACUCCUGUACGGUGUCUUACUUUAACCAAGUUACCUCUGGUGUUCUGCCUUACCUUGCUGCAAAUCUCACUGGCUCAUCAAAAUCCAUUGAGGACACCGCUUCUGCAUGCAUCAGGUUCUUGGAGAUGGACAGUAGCAAGAUUUACAGUAUUUUGUUUUAA